UGCAGAAAAUAGCACGACCAUUUCUGUAGGAUUAGGAUUUUAAAAUGAGUAGUACUGAAAUCCAGGAGUUUUAUCGCGUAUCGUUAUGUUAGACUGUAUGAUCCAAAGCCUAGAGGCGUGUAAGGCUGACGGUGAUGUCAGUAUGAUGAACAGAAAUUGAAACUAUGAGGCUUCCUUUCAGAUCCAAACAUGGCUUCGUACUAUGAAGAAGCAGAAGAUGAGUGCUUAUCCGACUUCAGUGAUACGGACACCGACGCCCCCUCAGACAACCAAUCCAACUCAGACUCUGACCGGGCUCCAUCUGGAACCCAGCAAGUCUGCCAGUACUACAAUAAUGGCAACUGCCACUAUGGGAAAAAGUGUCGCGACCUACACGUGUGCAAGUAUUCCCUGAAAGGCACCUGUCGUUAUGGCGCUGCCUGUCGCCUCAAACAUAUCCAAGGCUCUGAUUUAUCUUCUGGGCAUAAUGAUCGAGGGAGGAGGAGCCAUGGAAAGAAGACGCAGCGUUACAGGGAACGGAGCAGCAGCUCUUCAUCUGAUGAUGGAGGGUGGAGUGGCAAGCCCUACAGAUGGCAGUUGGAUCUGGGCAAUGGCUGGGAGGAUGUUGCUCAUGACCAUAUCCUGGAGGCUCAAUACUCUCGUCCCAACACCAAAGGCAUCAGGAUCUACAACACACCCUGUGGCGCUCUGUCUAUUGACUUCACUAAAAUGCACAUUCUGAAGAAGACUAACCUGCGAGUCCGACGCAAAGGUGGCCGUCAGACUGAGUGGCUAUGGCAUUACCGUGGCAACCAUGGCUGGUAUCUUUAUGGAGAGAAGGAUUCGCAAGGGAAAGCCAGUACUGUCAGUAGCUCCACACUAGAGAAAGAGUUCCGGAAGAACCGGAAGGGAGUUGUCCAGUUCAGCAUCGACUCCACCAACUAUGAGAUUAGAUUUAAAGACAUGUGUCAGAAAAACUUGUCCACCGGCCACAGAAGGCGGAUCAGGAGGCGUCCGAAAUAUGAAACUCCGUCUGGUGGAGGAAUCAGAACACUGACAAAGGCUUUCACGAACUUGACAUCAAUUUCUCCAAAGAAGGCACCACUGUGGCAGUUUGGUGGCCAGAGAGGACACUGGCACAGUUUCACAAAUCGAGGAGCUUGUUCAGUAUCCAGUGAAGACAUUGAGGCAGAAUACCAGCGUAAUCCACAGGGUUCAAUCAACUUCACUGUAAAUGGAGAUCGGUACACUAUUGACUUCUCAAAGAUGACCCAGACCAACCUGAAAACAAACACCACCCGCAAAGUCCAGCGUGUGUAGCAGUGAUGACUCACUUCAGCUUGUGCCAAAGAUGUUCACAUAUUAAUGGAGAGUUUUUCUUUAUGAAACUUAUAGUGGUGGGCAAUACAUUGCACAUACAGAGUGAUAUAGAUUUUAAGAUUUUGCAGCAUGGAUAGAUAAAAAGCACAAUAUUCAUGUUAAUGUUGUUUUAUAAAAAGUGAUAGCUGCAUUGCCACAAGUUACUGCUAUGUAAUGUUUGACUUGGGUGGAUUUUCACCCAAUACACGCUAUGUGAGGUCUGAAAGACAUUAGUACCACUCAGGAAGAUACUGAGAUACCGUGAUAUAUUUGGACUGUUGGUGUGUUUGUGUAUGUGGGGGUGUUUGAUUUACUUUCCAUCUGUUUACAUGGUGUCUACACUGCCAUUUAUAAAUAACCUCAGGCCUGUCUGUACUAUAAAGGGACAUGUGCAAGCACACACACACUUACACACACACAAAGAUACACAUACAUACACCAAUCGAUUUAUAUGAUUGCUUAAUGAUUUUUGAUGAAUAAUUGUUUUUUAGAAAUCACUUAUCUCAUUCCUACUAAGGAAUCUGUUCCCUCUUAGGAGUUUACUGCCUUACUAAGUUGUGGCUACAACUUAAUUAUCGCGUACUUGCACUUGACUAAAUCAUGUGAAUUACUUAAUUAUGCUAUUUCUACACCUUACUAAGUCAUAUCUUAUUCCUGCACGACACUGACUUGUGGCUACUUAAUUAUCUCAUUUAUUUGCCUUAUUAAGUCAUGGCUAUGACUUAAUUAUCUUGUUCCUGCUCCUUGCUAAGUCAUGGCCACAGCUUAAUUAUCUCGUUGCUAUACUUUACUGAGUUGUGGCUAGGACUUCAUUCCUGUGCCUUACUAAAUUGUAUCUAUGACUAAAUUAUCUUGUUUCUAUGCCUCACUGUGGUGUGGCUAUGACUAAAUCCAUAUGCCUUACUAAGUUGUGGCCACAACUUAAUUAUCUCGUCUCUGUGCCUUACAAAGUCGUGACUUUUAUCUCAUACCUUACUAAGUCUUAGUUAUGACUUAAUUAUCUCGUUCCUUAAUAAGUCAUGGCCAUGAGUAAAGCACAUUCCUGCAUUCUGUUUGGUUUUAUUCAGCAUCAUUUUUAUUAAGAAGGAAUGUCACCAGCAAGGGGCGGCAUGGUGGCGUGGUGGGUAGCGCUGUCGCCUCACAGCAAGGAGGGCCUUGGUUCGAUUCCCUGGCUGGGCGGCCAGGGUCCUCUCUGUGUGGAGUUU